AUGAAGGCCAUCAUGCUGAUCCUUGCACCGCUGUGCUUACUCUUCGGCUGGAUGCUGUUUGCAGACUCUCUGAUGAUCCGUGCCAAAUUCCCCCCGAAAGAUCCAUACCAGGACUUCCCUUUGGGCAUGGCUGAAGAUUCAGUCGAUGACAUGUACUUUGGCUGCCAGAUGGCAAUGAUGCAAAAAGUCAAGUCCUAUUACUUUCAGAAUGAAAUGCGAAGUAAAAUGUUUGCAAAUGCCUGGCGUAAUGCAACAGAGUGUGCUCAAAAGGAUAUAUCGCCAAAGGAUACUGCUUUAACCAAAGAUCACGUGCAAGCAAUCUGUGUUUAUACUGCUGAUGAUAUUUACAACACAUUCAACACAGCAGUCAGAGAAAAAGGAAGCACCUAUGGCUCCUCAUUCCACUUCCACUCCUUACAUUUUCUCCUGACUUCUGCCAUACAGAUCUUGAACCGUGAUUACGACUGUUACACUACUUACAGACGUACCCAACAUGUGUUUAAUGGUAAUGUCAACCAAACAAUUAGGUUUGGUUCUUUUACCUCUAGCUCAUAUUUUAACCAAUUAACAGAUUUUGGCAAUAAGACCUGCUUCAAAAUCAACACCUGCUUGGGUGCUUAUCUAAAAGAUUAUCCUACAUUUUAUUGUACAGAGGUAGAAGUGCUCAUCCCCCCUUAUGAAAUGUUCAAAAUAACAAACAAAGUUGAUGGUCAUGGUAAAUUUCCAGGAUUAGAUGACUGUAAAGUGGUCUAUGAGCUGGAGAGUGUUGGAGUCAUGAGCAAACUGAACUGCAAAGCUCUGUACCCCUAA